GAUGACGUGAAGUUGAGACGGACGAGGGCGGUCAAGCGCAUCGAGAGUAUUCAGAGGAUAUGUUGCUUGUCUGGUCUGGGCUUUGUUGGUGUAGGUAGAUGUCUGGGAGAAUGCGGAGAGGUGGUGAUGUUGUCGCGACCCUCCAUGUCAUAUGCUCAGACGGAGAACAGAGUGCGACCGCACAUUGGCAAGACAAGGUUGUCGAGAGCAGAGCGGCUUCCGUGUCAGAUCCUCGGACGGGGAGCCGGGUACGCAUGAUCAUAGACGGGUAUUGUCCAUUGUGGAGAGAAGACGUGAGCCAAUGCGGGAUCUGGCUGCCUCGAUGUCAGAGGUGGGGAAAUCUGCCUGGUGGCUGCUGCUGCUGCUGCGCGCGUCUCACGAAAAUCAGUUAGUUGAUCAAUCGAUCACACGGGCCGCACGCACGCAGACCUCAACCGCUUCAGACUUCACUGAGACCCUCUUCUCUGUUCAGCGAAGACGGGCUGCCUGCGCAGAUCACGCUUGCAUUGGAUCGACCCGGUUGCAUUGUAUGACCUAUCCCAGCUGGCUUGCUCAUACAGGGAUGCAAAUCGAGCCCACUUGGCGCCAGAAGCAAAGCUUGUAGCGGGUCAGCAGGGUCUGCAUACUCGCUUCGAGCAACACACAUUGUCUUCGCAAUCCUGUGCGUUGUGAUAUGUGCUACAAUCACCGUCCGAAGGAUCUUCCUGCGCCAGGCUUCGUCAGCUCGGAGCGCACGGCAACGGGAGAAAGACCAACAAAUUGACCCGCCUUUACAGCAGUAGCCAUGACGAGGACAGCGGCGAAAGCGAGGAUGUACUUGGAUGCGAUCAUCGUAU